AGUGUAUGAACUGCAAUUUAAUACACAUUUUUUAUACACACCGCGCCAAAUUAUUGAGCCCUCUUUGAGUGGCUUGGGAAACCCCGUUUGUGGGCUGGGCCUCAGGUGAGCCGAGGCUUUAAAAGUUAAACUCCCCUGGAAGCACGUGGACUGGAUAUCAUGGCACAUUAAGAGCACACAGUUUUUUACACAACAGUGAAACAUGCAAAGGCAAAGACGAAAGAAUCCAAAGGAAGAUGCAAAAUAUUAUGUUGAUAAUGGAAAGGACAAAGAGGGCCUUGUCAUCAAAUACAUCAGUGACCUUAAAGGUCGUGGAAUAUUUGCAAAUACAUCCUUUGUAAAAGGAGACUUUCUGUUGGAAUAUCGAGGUGAACUGAUCAGCAAGGAGGAAUGUGAGCAGAGACAACGGGGCUACAAUGAUAGACUGAAAGUGUUUUUAUUUGAAUUCUACUUCAAUGGAAAACUGUGGUGUGUUGAUGCAGCAAAAGAAGAUGGGUCACUUGGAAGGCUUGUAAAUGACGACCAUAUCAACCCAAAUGCCAAGAUGAAGUACCUAACGCAGCAAGGAAAGCCCCAUCUGUGUUUGUUUGCAAUUAAAGAUAUAAAUCAAGGAGAUGAGAUCACCUAUAAUUAUGGUGACUCAGACUGGCCAUGGAGAUGCAAG